AUGAAGUUCAGCACUGCUAUCAUCCUUGCGGCCUCCGCCUCUAUGGCUGCUGCCUGGAAUGUCACAGAAUACACCGACGCCGAGUGCUCAGAGAAUGGCGAAAGCAUAGUUGAAACCGGAGAUAUUGGUUGUGUGAUGGUUUCUGCAGAAAAUGUCAACUCAAUCAAAGUUAGCGAUCUGCCUGACGAUAUGGUAUUUAUGGGAUCGAGUGGGGGAGGAUGCGAUAAUUUCCACCAGUCUGGUGGCAACGGCUGCUACACCCAGGGCCAAGGAUUCCUGUCCUGGACUGUUUUCAAGAACACCUAA